GAUUUGAAAUCAUUAGAGAUGAGUAGUAUUUUAUUCAGGACCUUUCUUAUCGUCUCAUCUUUGACUACUCAUUCGAUUCGAGGUAUUCUUACAGAAGUACUUUAUUUUUGUGAAAUCGAAUGAUUCCUAGUUGUCAAAAAACAGUAGUGGUGGUUAUGACUAUUCUCCGGUGAUGGCAACAAUGCUCGGUGAAAUUCUGAAGUUGGCGAUAUCGUUUGCCAUUUUCAAAUAUCAAACGUGGAAAGACCCCUCGAUUCGUAAGUCGUUUUCUGUAAAGGAGAUUUUUUUGUGGUCGAUUCCGGCUUUGCUUUAUGCAAUCGGACAUAAUGUGUACUAUUACAUUUUAUCGAUAAUUGACACUCCAAUUACGGUUCAAGUGUUUGGUUCCUUAGAAACGGUGAUCGUGGGAGUUUUCUCUGUAGUGGUGUUGAAGAAAAAGUAGCUGCUCGUCUACUCUCACAAUUCAGACUCACCGGUAUUCAUUGGGCAGCCAUGCUCCUCAUCUGCGAUUCCGUCGCUUCCAUCCAGCUUUCGAAGUCCGCCGAUUCCUCCUUCUCCGACUUCCCUGUCUACCCAGCGCUGCUGACGAUCAUGAACAGCGCGCUGGUCGCGUGCGCGGGCGUAACG